AUGGUGAGGUCAUUUAACGCUACGAGGAAAAUUGACAGAGCGAAGCUAAUUGACGGUUUGGUGGCCUGGUCGUCUGUCCUGGAAAUCAAGAACAUUUCGCUGAGGAACUACACCACUUACACCUGUGUCGCCGCCAUUCCGAGGAUCCUACGCUGUGAAUUACACUCUUGGCUCACCCCUGCCCCCGAAUCCACCUCAGUAUCUCAUGUCACGACAGUCACAGGUAGUACGGCUACCUCUCGGUGGGUGCCCCCGGGGUGGGGGACACCCCCUGCGGGCUACACCCUUCUCUAUCGGCCGAAAAAAAAGAACGGAGGGAAAGUACACGAACUGAAUUGUUUCUUUGUGACUGGGAUUUCAUUUGAGCAGAGAGAGGAUGUUACCGGAGCCGAUGUUACCGCGGCGGAGAUCCAAGGACUGACGCCUGGUACAGUUUACGAGUUCCUAAUCCAAUCACACAACGCUCAGGGAAGGUCUAACUACACCUCUUCAAGUGCUCAGAUUCCAGUGUCAGGAGUUGUAAAAGAAGUUGCCAGCAGCAGCAGCAGCAACAGUCAGCCGGGUGUUCCUCUCCUGACACUGUUCCUUACGUCUCUGACAGGCGCAGCCUUGCUGGUUCUGAACGUCAGCAUCAUCGUCUGCUUCGUCAAACGCUUCAUUCUGAAGAGGAAUACUUCAGCAGCUGUUUCUGAAGCUUAUGGACCUGUUUGGACACCUGGCUUGGACCUUGAGACCGGGAGAACUGGAAGCAUAGACUCUAUAUCAUCUCAAGUGCAUUAUCAGUUCAUUAGUCAGUCUCCAAUGGGUGAAGAAGAAAGAAGAUUCUCCUCAACAACUCACAGUCUCAUGACAGAACUAUCAGAGUAUCAGAAACAGGAAGAAACUCCUCUAACAACAAUACCAACUUCUGAUUACUUCAUCAGCACAACCAGUCCUCUUAGUAAUUACAGAAGUGACUUGAUCAAUGGAGGAUUGAAUUUAGCAGCACGAAAAUCCCAGUCUUCAAAAUCUCUGACCAAUUUUAAUGAAUUUAUGACACCUGGAGAAUCACAACACGGUCUAGACGACAACAUUUUUAGAAGGAUGAAGGUAAGGGUUCAGUCUCCAGACAUCCCUGAUGUGUGCCCCAAAAGCCCCACAUUAUGCCCUUCAUUGACUCGUCUGCAGAGUUGUGAAAGGAUAGUGGGUCAACUUGAGGAUAAUGAAGACAGAAUCUCUUUGUCAUCAAAUCAUAGUGACUCCUCUUAUAAAGGCAUUCAGGGGCAAGCACGUGGCUUCAGAUCUCACACACCUAAAAGCAACGUGCAUCAGGGCAACGCAAGAUGCCCUGCAGCUAUUCAUAAGUCAGAAAGAUUAACGUAUUCUUGUCACGAUAUCAGAAGAGAAGCCAUAGCUAAUAAACCAUGCUCAGGCCCUUCUUUUUCCAACAUUUGUUGCUCAACUAAACUCACGUCACAGGUCAUAUAUCACGGUCAGCCACACAUUCAGCAACAACAUGAAGAGGAACAGAAACGUGAGCAUUUGCAGCAUUUACAACAUCAGAAUCUUCAGCAACGACAAAUGUCACAGCAACACUGCCCUCAACUAGAUCAUCAACGGCAAUCCACAGAAAAUACGCCGGAUCGUCAUCAAAUCAUUCAUCAGUGGCCUGACCACCACUACCAAGAACGUCAACAGAAUGUAGACCAUCAGAAUGAUCCUGCUCAUCACCAUUAUCAUAAUCAAGAUCAGCAUUGCCAUCUGCUGCACUCAGAACAUCAUCAUGUGCAGCAGCAACAUUUAGGACACCAUCAUCACGCUGCAGUAAGUGAAGCCCCAGAUAAUCAUCACCAGCAUCGAGAACUUAAUGAAAGUUUAAAGUUUCCAGAAAGGCAGCCUUUCAACCACAGAGAACACGAUGCACUCUGUUGUCCAGCAUCAGAAACCACCAUGUUUCAUCAAACAUAUCCCUGCUGUCAUCAGUCUCAGUUCCAUCUCCGUCAGCCUAAAUAUCAAGAAUACCAACAACUGCACAAUGAGCAUGCCCAAUACCUAUAUCUAGGUCAUCAAGUCCCUGCAGUCCCACAGCAAAUAUUUCAUAGUUUGCCUCGUAAAAUGCGUCGGUAUCAUUCUGAAGACCUAGAGUCUCCUAAACUUCACAGAGUCACUCAUUCCACGAGAUCAUCAACUCCUCAACUCUAUCAACAUGAUGGACCUCCACAGAGCCUUUCAAGCAAUCCAAUAACCCAUUCACAAAGUGAGCACAGUUAUUUAACACCGUCUGCACAAGGGGAUUACCAGUUUCAUAAAGAUUCGGUUGCUGAACACUCCUUUAGUUACAAGAGAGAAACCCCUGUUCAGUAUUCCAGAGUGCAACCAUCAGCUCUUACUACACGGGAUAUGACCUAUGAUAAUAAUGGUUAUGGUCAUUUUGAAACUACCCUAGAUGCUUAUGAUCGUAUUGCCAGACGUCAUGGGCAGAAGACGACGACCUACAUUCACUUUCACAGCGAGCAUGGGAACAGCACAUUUGGAACAGACAAUUACCCCCAACGACACAUGGGCAAAUUUUCUGUUAUCAAUCCCAAUCUCUUAUCCUCGUGGACUUCCACCCAUCUCCUGGCCAAUUCAAGGAUCUUUGCUAACUCUUUCCCCCAUACUGAUAUCGAGUCCCCACAAUGUUGUGGAAAGGAAGACUUUGGUGGAUAG